AUGAUGGAUGUAGAUAUUUACAUAGUCGCAGAUUCGUAUCACUUACUAGGAACAAUAUGCUCAGUGACCCUGUACAAUCAAUUUCGCCUGGAUCCUCCUGGCGAGCAGUCGCUGCCAGGCUUCCUGCACGUGAACACGAUGCGCGCGCUCUCCGCUCUAGAACAGAAGACAGAAAAACCGCGCAACCCUUAUUACGAGCAAGACAUAGUUCACGUUUUGAAGCAUACCAAGUGGAUCCUGAGAUCCAUCGGCAUCUGGCCGACCUUCUUGGAGAAUGGCAACAUGAUAUUGCCGGGUUUUCUGAUCGGAGCCUGCAGCCUGUCACUGUGUUUCGCGGUGGUACCGUUGUCUUUGCACAUCACGCUGGAGGAGAAGGACACCACGGUAAGGUUACACCUCCUCGGACCGUUAAUCUUCUGCGUGGUGUCGCUGAUGAAGUACUGGGCAUUAGCCGCGUGCAAGCACAGAAUCAAGCACUGCGUUGUGAGUUUGGAAAAUGAUUGGAAAGAGGUGGAACACCACAAGGACCGCGAACUGAUGCUGAAGUACGGCAACUUCGGUCGAAGCCUGACGUUGCAUUGCAUGGGGUUCAUGUACACCGGCGGUUUCAUGUACGACGCUGUCCUGCAGCUCGUUACCGGUGGGUACGUCGACGAAAGGAAUCGCACCGUCAAGCCGCUGAUUUACCCAACGUACAGUGGAAUGUACAACCCGCAAGAGAGUCCUAUGUACGAAAUGGUGUACGCUUCGCACCUGAUGUGCGGGUACGUGUCUUAUAGCGUGACCGCUGGCGCCUGCGGACUGGCCGCGAUGUUCGCCACGCACGUCUGCGGCCAGAUCGACGUGAUGAUGUUCAGAUUGAACAACCUCGUCGAUCUCAAGAACAAGACUGAACUCGAUCGACGAAUGAUACAGAUCGUCGAGCAACAUAUACGAACGAUAAGAUUCUCGGCAACGGUAGAGACGCUUCUGCAAGAAGUAUGCUUCUUGGAAUUCAUUGGUUCCAUUUUUUUGAUAUGUCUGGUCGAAUAUUAUAUUCUAAUGGAUUGGGGCAGCAACACGUUGAGCUUCGUUACAUAUUUCGUGCUACUGAUGUCUUUUAUUUUCAAUAUAUUUAUACUGUGCUACAUUGGUGACCUUCUGGUAGAGAAGACCAGUAACGUUGGGAUAUCAUGUUUUACGAUAGAUUGGUACAAGUUCCCCACUGACACGAUACGCGCCUUAAUCAUGAUCAUUGGUACGUCAAGUAAUCCAGCGAAAAUCUCCGCUGGUCAGAUAGUUGUUUUAAAUUUGGCCACUUUUGUAAACAUACUCAAGACAUCACUGGGCUAUUUGAGUUUACUCCGGACAUUCGUGUAA